CAGGGGAAACUGUGCUGCAAAGGAAGUGUUGUGUCAUUUGGUUAAACUGUGCUGCUUCCUUUUCCUCUUUUGUCAUUCCUUGAGUUGAGAGCAAACAAAGUGUUUUCAGAGCAAGGGUACGGCACACGAAAAAUAACCGAUAUAGCUUUGAACCUCAAAUACGCGUUGUUUGUUCCUGUUGAGCGGGACCCAAGGAACCGUUGAGGUUAUCGAAUGGAAGCUAUGUACCGUAAAUGAAGCAUGGUGACUUGCAAGGACAAUUGUUGUGUCAUUUCGAUGGUCCUCUGACUUCAUUGGCCGUUGAGUUUGAAGCAAAGAAGACAAGUCCAGCUUAUGCUACAGCAAUGCUAAAGCGACGCCAGCAUUGAAUCUAGAAGUGCUCAAGACCUUUAAUUUCGAAGCAUUUAGCACCACUUUCAAAACUUAAAUUCCAACAGCGUUGACCAUGAGGGUGGAGAGUUUAUUAUUGGCAUUACAAUGCCUGCUGGGAUUCGUGCACUAUAGUGGAGCAUUGUCAACAUGUAGUCCUUUAGACUUGGAACUAAUAAAGAGAAAGCGCAUUGAAGCCAUUCGAGGACAGAUUCUCAGCAAGCUACGACUGUCUCAGGAACCAGAAGUAGAUGAGGAAGAAGAGUCAAAAGACAUCCCACCAGAGCUCAUCUCAGUGUACAACAGCACCAUGGAGCUAAAUGAGGAGCAGGCCGCGACUCCUGUUCAUCAACCUGUAGAAGAUCCUAUGGAGGAGGAAUACUAUGCUAAAGAGGUUCACAAGUUCAUCAUGAAACCGGUUAAGGAAAACCCGGACAAGUUCUUACGGUUCAACAUCACAGAUAUAAGCCACACACUGGGUUUAAACCGCACAGUCUCCCAGGUGGAGCUCCGUCUGCGCAUGACCGAUGCUUCAAUACCUGAAGGUACAGAGGAGAGACUGGAGCUGUAUCAGGUCACUGGAAACAAGUCGCGCUACCUGGAAUCACGUUUCAUUUCCAAACAAAUGAAUAGCAAGUGGCUGUCGUUUGAUGUGACCCGGACUGUGACUGACUGGCUGCAGAGGAAUGAGGCAGAGCAAGGAUUUCAGUUGAAGCUGGCUGAUAAUUGUGACCAUCUGAAGCCAUUCCCAUUCAAAAUAGCAGGUUUGACUCGUUUAAGAGGUGAUAAAGAAACCUUAUCAGAAAAUAUGCCAAGGCCUCACAUUUUGGUAAUGUCACUUCCUCUCGAUGGCCACAGCUCAUCAAAGUCUCGCAGAAAACGGCAAACUGAAACAGAUCGCGCUUGUACCGAUAAGUCUGAUGGCUGCUGUGUGAGGAGUCUGUACAUUGACUUCCGCAAGGACCUGGGCUGGAAGUGGAUACAUGAACCUUCUGGUUAUUAUGCCAACUAUUGCACUGGCUCUUGCUCUUUCCUCUGGGCUCAAGAAAAUAAGUACUCAAAGGUUCUCGCACUGUACAGGCAACACAAUCCUGGUGCAUCUGCUCAACCCUGCUGUGUACCUCAGGUUCUAGACCCACUGCCCAUCCUUUACUAUGUGGGCCGGCAACAUAAGGUAGAACAGCUGUCAAAUAUGAUUGUGAAAACCUGCAAGUGUUGCUGAAAACACUGUCUCUGGUCCUGAUGAGCAAAAUCAAGAGAGAAGGCAAUUUUAACCCAGUAUUUUCUGAGGGGAAAUAGUUUCUACUCCGCUGUAUCACACUUAGAUGUACUGACUGUUUUACACUGUUGUACAUUUAUGUUGUGAAUAACACUCUACAUAUGCUGUACAUGUUGUCAUAAAAGUGGUCAUAUUCAUUAUUUGAUAUAAAGGUGCCCAAAGUGUUUACUGUUAUUUAGCAGAAAAUCAAACUGUGCCUUAAAAGGUUUUACAUUUAUUUGAGGUCAUUAAUAUUAUUUUUGUUUUAAGAUUAAAACAUAUUCUUGUCAGAAACAAAUGAAUAAUAUUUUGCAUAUAAAAACUGCUGGACAUGCGUUUACUGUACAGACUGUAUAGAGAGUGGAAUAUGAUAUUUCUCUGUCCUAUUUUCGGCAGAUUGUUGAAAUCCGUACAUCCAUGUCAACACGCAUUGCUUUAACACAUUGCUUUGUUGCUUGUACUCAAUUUAUACCAAAUUAUGCUGUUGACAUUGAAAAACCUUUAUUGUUUUUAAAUAUGUGCUUGCAGUUUGUUUUAAAUUAUUUUCUAAAAAUAUUUUUUGUUCCUGAAAACACAGAAUACACUGUUUUAAUAUCCUAUUGUAUUAGCUGUUAAGGUUUUUGAAAGUAUGUGCCGUUAGUUUGAUUUUAUAGCUGUAUACUGUAAUUGUCAUCAACACUGAAUGUUUUUUAGCACGUGUUGUUGCUCUGUUUUUCCCAGAAUCCACUUUUUGUUACAGGUGUUCAGGAAAGACAGUUUCCUGCCAGCUAUUUUGUUGUGGCUUCAGAGCUGGCAAGGCUUUUUCUUUGUUGUUUUUAUAAAGGAAGUGAAUUAAAAAUUUGUACACUG